AUGCGGCCUGUAUCUGCAGUUCUGUUAUCUCUGGUCGCUUUAUUGCCACAGGAAACUACCGCCAAAGCGAGUUCACCAACGGCAAUUAAGAAAAUCGCCCCCGGCUCCAGCGACAAGCUCCUCCGUGAGCAUCUUGCAUUCGCACCACUGCAGGUUCUCUCUCCUCGCGACGCCGCCGCAUCUGCGAUCUCAUUCCUCGAUCAGCAAGAUGAGGAGUUUUUGAAGCUCAACGGCACCGAACGGUUCUACCGCCCAGCAUUUGCCCCUCAUAGCGAAGAGUCCCGGGAUGGCAUGUUACGGCGUGCCGCAGAGGCUCUGGCGUUGUUGCAGAGAAGAUCAUCUUGUCCUAAGGGGAUGAAUAUCUGCUCCAACAUCAGCCCAGAGGUCAAAUGCUGUCAGGAAGGAACAAAUUGUGUAGAUGUCGGUGACAGUGUGCCUGGAGGCGUUGCAUGCUGUCCCGAUGGUGCUUCGUGUGGUGGCGGCGUUGGGUCAUGUCCCGAUGAUGCAGCAAGCUGCCCGGAAGAGCUCGGUGGUGGAUGCUGUAUUCCAGGAUAUGUGUGUCAAGGACUCGGAUGCGUUCCAAGUGCUGUUGCUACGCCGACAAGUACAACAGCUCAAAGUACCACCCAGGCCCCAACCACAACCGCACAGCCGACGACCGAAGAGCCUACGGUCGAGCCGACUACCGAGACAGAACCUGAGACAACAGAAGAGCCUACGACUGUCGAGGCCUCAGAAACGGAAGGUACUGUCACUACACCUGAAUCAGCUACGGGCUCGAUCACCGGCAGUCCACCUUAUCGUCCAACUGACACCUCCGAAAUAUCAUCAUCAUCAUCAUCAUCCGAAGACCAAGAUACCCAAACCGGCUGCCCCACGGGCUUCUACGGUUGUCUCGCAACCCACGGCGGCGGAUGUUGCCGCACGGAUCGAAACUGCGAUACGCAUAACUGCCCAGCUCCUUCAACUACAAUAGUCACAGACGGCGCAACCAUCGUCGUUCUCGCAACCGAUGCGCCACCCGCUCCUGGACCUUCGUCGACCUGUGCAGAUGGAUGGUUCCUCUGUGGCAGAGACGCAGGUCCCGUUGCUGGGUGCUGUCCUGACGGUUACGAUUGCGGAACAGCAAGUUGUUUUACAGCGCAGGCCAGCCAGACUGCUAGCCUACAGAAGACAUUUCCUGAGGCUUCUGCCGCUGGGCAUGAGAAGCCCGCAGUCAUGAUGGCUGCGGUAGCAAUGAUUUUUGUGUGUCUUGCAUUUGUAUGA